AUGUAUCAUCCGGAGCUCACGAAUCGCCACAUCGAAAAAGACAUUCCGCCAACAGCGCAGCCGGUUCAAUUACUCGCGAGUUCUAUCCACUCAAAAUCAAACGUCGAUUCUUCCGGACUAACAUAUGAUAUGGACGAUCACACUUUUGGCCAUUUGCAAAAUAUUAACGAAAUUCGUCAAGGAAAUGAUACGUGCAAAUUGCAAUCAGUUUGUGUUCCAAUCCCCCAAAUCUCCGACGACCCGCAGGUUGUCAUUUACCCAAGAUGCUACGAGGUGGACCAAUGCGUUGGAAGUUGCUGCGACGCAGUCGAAUCUUGCCAUCCGCACACAGUGAAUCUAGUCAAAAAAUCGAUCGUCGAGCUUGUUUACAUUGGUAACAAUCGAUUUAUGAUAAACACGACUAAGGAAAUAACAAUGGAAGAGCACACCUCAUGCUCAUGCUUCGAUUGCGGAGCGAACACGCCAUCCUGUCCGCCAGGAUUCAAAGUUGGUCGAUCUUGCAAAUGCGAAUGCGAAAAUAAAGACAAAAGAAAUGAUUGUGUUGGUGCCGAAGUUUGGAACCCCGAUUUGUGCAAAUGUCAGUGCGACUUGAAAUGCACUUCGAAGAAUUUUGUGCUAAAUGAGAAGAGUUGCGAAUGUGUCAAGAAAAGAAAACAUGGCCUUCAUCAUCACAGACACCACGGACACUCUUCUCGCUCGCAUCCUAUUCCAAAAGAGGAAAUAGCAAAAAUCGAUAAACUUAAGGUCGGUCGCAUCGGUUUCAAUUGA